UGGGUCUCUCUGACAGGACAACGCGCCAAAUUGAUACUGCCAACAAAGAGAAAACAGACUCAUUUAGCUUCUGCGUAGUUAACCACAACACUUAGCUAUAAACGUAUUUUUAGACGUUUGAGAUUAAACACUUCACCGGUCAAAUCUCGGAUUAACGUGCUCUGUCAGGAUGGGUUUGCUCGAGCGGUGCCAGGAGCUCUUCAAGACCUCAAACCUGUACGAGGUGCUGGGCAUCAACAAAGAGGCAGCCGAGGCAGAGAUCCGGAGGAGCUACUACAAAGUGUCGCUGAAAGUCCACCCAGACCGGGCUCCCGAAGACCCGCUGGCCACAGAGAAGUUUCAGGUGUUGGGAAAGCUGUAUGCGGUGCUGAGCGAUAAGGAGCAGAGAGCUGUUUAUGAUGAGCAGGGAGUGGUGGAUGAAGAGUCUGACGCCCUGAGUCAAGACCGCUGCUGGGAAGAAUAUUGGAGACUGCUAUUCCCUAAGAUUACCGUGCAGGAUAUCCUUGAUUUUGAGAAGAAAUAUAAGGGCUCUGAUGAGGAGCGGCAGGAUGUGAUCCAGCUUUACAUGCAGCACCAGGGAGACAUGGACGCCAUCACAGCCUCGACUCUGUGCUGCUCCCAGGAAGAUGAGCCCAGGCUCUGCAGCAUCAUUCAGGCUGCCAUUGACAGCGGCGAUGUCACAGCGUUUCCAGCGUUUACUCGGGAAAGUGAUAAGAAGAAGAGGGCUCGCAGGAAGAGGGCUGAUAGAGAGCGACAGGAAGCAGAAGAAAUGCAGAAAGAGAUGGGGCUCGGUGAGCAGGAUGACAGUCUCGUGAUGAUGCUUCAGCAAAGACAGAAGUCCAGAGAGCAGAAUUUUAAUGGUUUCCUGUCUGACCUGGAAGCAAAAUACUCAAAAAAAAGUGUGAAAUCCCAAAAAGGAAAAAGAGGAAAGAAGUGAAAAGCAGAUAGGCUCUGGUUAUAGCAGAUAUCCUCAUUUGUUCAAAAAACCCCAUCUUUUUAGAAGAGCAUUUGAGUACAUGUAUGCAUUGGCUCCCUUCUGUAUGCCUCCUCACAAAAUUGUCGUUUAUCCAGCCUCAGAAUCUUUUUAUGUAGUGCUUAUCAAAAUGUAAAUGAAUCUUUUAUUUCUUGUCUUUUGUUGUCAAAGUCUUCAUAAAAUACAAAUAAACUCAUAUUUAUAUACA